AUGAAUCUAUCAAUCGAAAGAAGCCCAGUGAUCAAGUUCCGACUCCACAUCAUAAUUGGCGCCUUGGUCUUGAUCGUCUUCAUUCUCAUCAUUGCACGCAUUGCCAACAGUGGCACUCCGAAGACGAGAACUAAUAUUUGGGGCAUUGCCGUGGUGAGUUACCUUCCCACUUAUACUGCAAUAUCUUGCAUGGAAUUCAUUGACCCAUGGCAAAAGUGCAUCAAAUCAGCCGUUUUCAUGGCCUAUCAAAUAAUGACCACUCACAUGGAUCGACUUAAACGAUGGGCAAGCACAAAGGCGUACAUGAUAUUGAAUAUCAUCGAUACUGUGUUUUGGUUUGCUCUGUUUGUAAUCACGAUCAUGGGUACUAUGGGGUCGACUACCGGGAGCAGUCGGGCAUUGGGUGGUAUUGCGGCUACAUUGGUCUUCUUUCUGUGGUAA